AGUCCCUCUGAGAGGUGCUGCCCUCAUCACCCUCGUCUCUGGUACUCACCCUGGCUCAAGACGUCAAACCAUGACGAAAAUGCCUUCAGUGUUGAUACUCGUGUGCUGGGCCGCCAUCGCUGCCGCACUGAAGCUCCCUCAGCAGCGGAUUGGCUUCACGCUCGACAACCAGUUCAGGAAGGAAGUUAGCGACGGAGAGGGUGGCGUGACGGGGUCGUUUGGGGCGCGCACGGGCGACGGGUGUCUGCGGGUGACCACGUACAAGGCCACGCCCACUGGAGGAUUUAAAGUUCUGAGCACCCGCAAAGAAGACUGCAAUCCCGUAAGAACACAAAAUGUUCGCCGACCAGCUAAGGAGCCGCAACGCUUACGAAAAGAAGAUGACUUUGCUGCAGAGCAGCCAAAUCCUCCAGUUUCAAGCUUACCUCCAGCCAGAAACAAGGCGUUUGCAGACCCAGCUCCAGUUAUUGUUGAAGACGAGCCUGGCGCGGUCGCGAAGAGCAGUGAACCUGAGACGACCACACCACGCGAACCAACAACUGAACGGAGAAAUGUCGUGACUCACGACAAUGCACCUCCACGGAUCAACGAUGUUGUCCCAAUUGCUGGGAAAAACGUUCCUAAGAAAACUAAGAAAGAAUUCGACUUCAAGGCGCUGUCAGGUGACAGUAGGGCCAGGGUGCUCGACCAGAAGGAAGAUCCCGUCUAUUCAUUCGGGUUCACAGCCCCCGGACACGGCCACACGCAGUCAGGCUUAGCCGACGGCUCCAAGAAGGGAGAAUAUUAUUUUGACUCUCUUGAUGGUUGGCGCCGCAUUGUGACUUACGAGGCAAAUGAAAACGGCUUCUUCCCAAAGAUGAGAAGAGUUCGGAUCCCUGGCUGGACACCUCCUGUUCCUCCUCCCCGACGAACACUGAAAGGUCGUAAGAAGGGCUCCGGCAGCGAUGAUCCAGAGGGAGAUCUCAACGGCGCCCUGCCAAACGAUGACGGCAAGAGCGGGGGCGGGGGAACUGAUGAUGCAGGAGGUUCAGGCCCUCUUGAUCCAAAUGCCAAAAUCGGCGACAAAGAUCACACAAAAGGAGGUCCGGGUAGUGACGACAAAGAUCGAGUGAAGCCAGGGGAAGAUUCUGGCAAACAACUUCUGGACUCGCUGAGGCAGGGCGCAGGAGUUGGUAGCUGUCCUUACUACUUCUUCUACAGCACCAAGGUGAACUUCCACUGGGAGCGCUGUAUGGAGAACGGCACCAAGGUGGGAGAGUACGGCCGCCUGCACGAAGACGGCUUCUCGUACCGCACGAGCUACUACGCCGACACGACGGGCUACCACCCAAGGAGCACCAAGACUCGCCUCACCGACACCCAGCGGUCGCUGGUGCACGAUUUUGUCCAAGGAGCUUUUAUUGUUCCGAAGGUCGACGAAGAGAGAAAAACUACAGAGGACAGAAUCCUUCAGUGGCUGGAGGCGAACAGGGAGCUCCUAGCAGACCCUCUACGGGCGUAGUGGCGGCCAUUGUGCUCCUAGUGUACAGUGUUUGGACAAUCUCUUUACGAAACAAAACUUUUAGCAAUAAAAAUGUUCAUAGCUCAAUACUGCACUUUUCUUUAAAUAUAACUAGAAUACAUA